CUUUUUCCCUCUAAGUCUAAAUAAAACAACUCUCUCUCUCUCUCUACUUUUGAUCUACUCUAUCUUUCUAUCUCUCACCAAAAUACAGUUUUGACAUCUUGUCUGAAAACUCUAUAAUCCUUUACUCUUUUCUCUUUUGUACAUAGAAAAAAAAUACAGAGGAAUCAAUCAACCAUGGCUGCCAACAAGUUUGCAACCAUGUUACACAGAAACACCAACAAAAUCACCCUUGUUCUUGUCUAUGCAAUCCUCGAAUGGAUUCUCAUAAUUUUCCUUCUUCUAAAUUCUCUUUUUUCAUAUUUGAUCAUAAAGUUUGCUGAUUAUUUUGGUCUCAAAAGACCCUGCAUGUGGUGUGUUAGAAUUGAUCAUAUCUUAGAGUCUGGAAAAAACAUGAACCCUUGUCGAGAUCUUGUGUGUGAAGCUCAUGCUGUUGAGAUUUCAAAAUUGGGUUUUUGUUCAAAUCAUCAUAAACUUGCUGAAUCAGAUGAUAUGUGUGAGGCUUGUUCAGUUUCAGUUUCGUUUUUGUCCAAACCGAAUUAUGUUGAGUUGUCUCAAAGUAUUGAUUUUUAUCCAUGGAUGAAGGAGAUAGAUAGAAUUGAAGGGGCUGAUGGGAAGGUUGUUGAGAAAGAUGAAGAGGGUUUAAGGUGUUCUUGCUGUGGUGUUAACUUUGAUAACAGAUUCUACCCUCCUUGUAUUGUGAUGAACCCUUCUGUGAACAUUUUGGAAGAUUUGGGUUAUGAACAGAACUCAGAGAAGGUGAAUUUGAUCAAAGAAGAUGUGUUUGUUUCAGAAGCUGAUCGUCGUUCAGAUCAUAGCAGAUCAGAUUUUUCAGUUGUUCAUCGUGAAAAUCAAGAGAAGAUUGAAGAAAAAAGUGGAGUUCAUUUGUUGUUUGAGGUUGAGGAGAAUUGUGCUUGUUCUGUUUGUGAUGGUGUCAAGGAAACUAUGGUUGAUGAUCUGUACAAGCUUGAAAUUGGUUUAGAGAAAGGGAAAGAAACCGCGGAAGAGGAAAGGUUGAAAUUGAUUGUUCCAAAGCCUAAGGAUGAUGAUGAUGUUGAUGAAGUUUGUGAUUUGAGUGGUGUUGAAGUUGAGAAAAUUGAGAAACUUGAGGAAAUUCAAACGAAACAUCUUGAUUUUUUCAUUCAUGGUGAUGAUUGCAGAUUGAUUCCUGUUGAAUUGGUUGAAUCCGGUGCCACAGAAAAUGGAAAUCAAAGUAGAUAUAACAAGGGGGUGGAUGAAGGGUUUAGAGAUAAUGAAGAUUUUAUUCUCGACUUCGAUAUGAAUAACACCGAUGCAGAAGCUGAACCGUUAAUUGAGAAUUGGCGCAUUUCGGGUGAUAUUGUGGCAGAAUUUUCAUGUCAAGAGAAGAAAAAAUUCUACAGGGUCAAUAAGGUUGAAUCAGGGUUACAAGUAGAACAAAAUUUGGAGCAGAAUUAUCAAGAUGUAAGAUUCGCUCAGACAGAUGAAGACUUGACCAAAGAUGAUAAUGUUGAAGUAAACAUAGAGAGAAUGAUGCAUGGAGAUGGAGAACUAGGUUCAUAUGUUUCUCUAGCUUCGGAAGAUGCAUCACAAACUCAUAGUGAGGAACUUGAAGCAGAAGUUUCAAUUGGGACUGAAAUUCCUGAUCAAGAUCAUGUGGAUGAGUAUCAAGGCCAAGAUACACUUUCCGAAACAAAUCAAAGAAUGCAAGACGAUUCAUCUACUAGCUCAGUUAGAUUUUAUGUUCAACAUGAUAGUGGUCAUGACAAAGGCGAAGACGAGUUUGUAGAGUUUAACACCAUGUCACUUGAAGUGAGAAUGCCAACAUCAAGUAACCAUAUACCAUCAUCUUUUGAGCUUAAUGAGAAUGAGGAGGAAAAGUUUUCCGACACACCGACGUCUCUUGAGAAUCUUCAUCAACUACACAAGAAACUACUUUUUCUGGAGAGGAAAGAGUCAGGAACAGAAGAUUCAUUGGACGGAAGUGUAAUAAGCGACAUAGAAUGCGGCGAGGUGACAUUUGAGAAGUUAAAAUCGGCGUUGAAAUCGGAAAGGAAGGCUUUGAAAACAUUAUACGCAGAACUAGAGGAAGAAAGAAAUGCGUCUGCCAUAGCCGCCAAUCAAACAAUGGCAAUGAUUAAUAGACUUCAAGAAGAGAAAGCAGCAAUGCAGAUGGAAGCUUUGCAGUAUCAACGAAUGAUGGACGAACAAUCCGAGUACGAUCAAGAGGCUAUGCAGCUUUUGAAUGAUCUUAUGUUAAAGAGGGAAAAAGAGAAGCAUGAGGUGGAAAAGGAGCUUGAAGUGUAUAGAAAAAAGGUUCAUGAAUAUGAGGUACGAGAAAAGAUAUUGAGAAGAGAUAGUAGCAUAAGAAGCCGAACUUCAUCUCUUUCUUGUAGUAAUGCUGAAGAUAGCGAUGGACUGUCCAUUGAUUUAAAUCACGAAACAAAGGAAGAAAAUGGUUUUCACAGCAAUCAUCAAGAAUGCAGCAGCAACCAGAACACUCCGGUAGAAGCUGUCUUAUAUUUGGAAGAAUCAUUAUCAAGUUUUGAGGAAGAGAGGUUAUCGAUACUCGAACAGCUUAAAGUAUUGGAAGAAAAGCUAAUUAUCUUGAAUUAUGAAGAAGACCACUGCUUUGACGAUGAUACUACAUCGAUAGAACAUCUUCGUGAAGAAAACGGAAACGGAUAUCACGAUGGCGAUCAUGACCAUGAUGAUCACCAAGGUCAGGUAAAUGGAUUUGUAAACGGUAAUGGAAAGCAUCAUCAAGGGAGAAAAAUCACGGCCAUAAAAGCCAAAAGACUUCUUCCACUUUUCGAUGCAAUCAGUACAGAAACAGAAGAAGUAGAGUUGAGUGGAGAUGAAAAUGAAAAUGAAAAUGAAUUAGACUUUUCACAGUUGCAAAAAAUUUCUUCUGAAAAGGCGAAUUUGGAUAAGAAAAAGGUUGGUUUAGAAGAGGAAGUGGAUCAUGUUUACGAGAGACUACAGGUGUUGGAGGCAGAUAGAGAGUUUCUAAAGCAUUGUAUCGGUUCAUUGAGAAAAGGCGAUAAAGGGUUAGAUCUUCUACAAGAAAUUUUACAGCAUCUACGCGAUCUGAGGAAUGUCGAACUCAGAGUCAAGAACACCGGAGAUCUUGCAGUGUAAAAAAUCACGUUCAACUCUACCAAAGAUACGAUAGAUUUGUUAAAUUGUAGUUGAUCAACAUGCUGCAAACCAAACCAAGCAUACAUGAGAAGUGCUCUACAACACAAACACAAGAAACCAAAUUGCAUGCAUCAGUAUGGUCUGUUUGAAACAAUAUGGUGGACAAGAAAAAUGAAGUCUGCCAUUUGAUUAUUUUGUUUCAUUUUGUUUGUCCAAGUGGGCCCAAAUUUUUGUGGGUUGUGUCCAUCAUGAUUGCCUUUAUGAAAAAGGAAGAUGAUGAAUAUAUGUGUGUGUAGGGUAGUGAGGUGAAGACAAGCUGUCAGUUGUAUUUUGUGAGGAAAAAACCUGGCUUGCAAAGCUGGACAGAUUCAUAAAAAUUAUUCCAGUGCCAGGUACAUAGAAUUUAGUUUAUUAUAGAGACAGAAUUAAUGUCACUAGUUUUGUCAUUUUUUUAUUAUUAUCUUUUUUGUUGUUUUUUUGAGGUAAGAGUGAAGAUUGAGGUAAGUAGCCUCUUUCUCAUUUUUUUGUAUUAUUGCAUCCUAUGAGUCACUUGUAUACUACAUGUAUGUAUUCAUUUGUAAUUAUUAUAAAAAAAAGUGAGUGUUUGUUUA